CUCGGUGCCCGCCGCGCUCGGUGCCCGCCGCGCUCGGUGCCCGCCGCGCUCGGUGCCAGCCCCGCUGCCAUGGCCCGUGCCACCAGGCUGGUGUCGCAGCUCUGGCUCCUGCUCCAAGCCUCCUGCCUCUGCCUGGCCCAGCUCCGAGGGCCACCAGGAGAGCCUGGCCCACGAGGGCCCCCUGGUCCCCCAGGAGUGCCAGGAGCUGAUGGCAUUGAUGGUGACAAAGGCCCUGCAGGACCUGCCGGCUCCCCGGGUGUCAAGGGUGACCCUGGAGCCCCUGGCCCGGAUGGACCCCCAGGGAAACCUGGAAUUGAUGGCCUGACGGGAGCCAAAGGGGAGCCAGGACCCUCUGGCAGGCCGGGAACCAAAGGCCAGCCCGGACUCCCAGGGCCACCAGGGCUCCCUGGCCCUUCACUGCCAGGACCUCCUGGGCUUCCAGGCCAGGUUGGACUUCCCGGGGAGAUCGGAGUGCUGGGACCCAAGGGUGACCCCGGACCCGACGGCCCGAGGGGUCCCCCAGGCCCUCCAGGGAAACCUGGACUCCCGGGACACCUCCAAGGUGUGGAAGGCAGCGCUGAUUUCCUGUGUCCCACCAGCUGCCCCCCAGGUCCCAAAGGCCCCCAGGGACUGCAGGGACUGAAGGGACACAGAGGCCGCCCUGGUGCCCUCGGAGAGCCUGGAAAGCAGGGAGAGCUGGGCCCCAAGGGGGACGUUGGUGCCUCUGGAGAACAAGGAGUCCCAGGCCCUCCGGGACCUCAGGGCCUCAGGGGGUACCCUGGCAUGGCAGGACCCAAAGGGGAGACGGGCCCUGCUGGCUACAAGGGCAUGGUUGGAAGCAUUGGAGCCGCUGGGAGGCCGGGCAGGGAAGGCCCCAAGGGACCGCCUGGGAGCCCUGGUGACAAGGGAGAGCUGGGUGGCCGUGGCAUCAGGGGACCUCAGGGUGACAUCGGUCCCAAGGGGGAGAAUGGCCUCCCGGGCAUCGAUGGCAAGGAUGGCACCCCAGGGAUCCCAGGAGUGAAGGGUGGCACAGGACAGGCCGGACGGCCGGGAACGCCGGGACACCGGGGACAAGCUGGAUUGCCAGGCCAGCCAGGAAGCAAAGGUGGCCCAGGUGACAAGGGUGAAUCGGGUCCCCGGGGCCACCCCGGUGCCACCGGUGCCCCAGGGCAGCUUGGCGAGCCCGGACCUCGGGGUGAGCAGGGCCCGCAGGGUGUCCCCGGGCCGAAGGGUGACAGGGGCGAGCGCGGCCUCGUGGGACCUCCGGGAGAGCAGGGCAGAGCGGGCCCAAAGGGUGAGCAGGGCCCACCAGGCAUCCCAGGACCCCAAGGCUUGCCUGGAGUCAAAGGAGACAAGGGCUCUCCAGGGAAAACCGGCCCCAAAGGCAGCACUGGAGAUCCAGGAGUCCACGGCCUGGCAGGGCUCAAGGGAGAGAAGGGGGAGUCAGGAGAGCCAGGACCCAAGGGACAGCAAGGCAUCCAGGGAGAGCUCGGCUUUCCCGGCCCCUCGGGGGAUGCAGGAGCGCCGGGAAUUCGGGGCUAUCCCGGCCCGCCCGGCCCGCGGGGGCUGGUGGGGGAGCGCGGAGUGCCGGGAAUGCCAGGCCCGAGGGGCACAGCCGGCCGGGAUGCUGGGGACCAGCACAUCGUGGACGUGGUGCUGAAGAUGCUGCAAGAGCAGCUGGCAGAGGUGGCCGUGAGCGCCAAGAGAGCCGCCCUGGGUGGGGUCGGGGCCAUGGGACCCCCCGGUCCCCCCGGCCCCCCAGGGCCACCCGGUGAUCAGGGACCCCACGGCCCCAUGGGACCCCGAGGUGUCCCCGGAAUCUUGGGAGCUGCUGGGCAGAUCGGCAAUGUUGGACCCAAAGGGAAGAGAGGAGAGAAGGGCGAGCGGGGAGAGGUUGGCCGUGGCCACCCGGGAAUGCCAGGUCCUCCAGGGAUCCCAGGUCUCCCGGGCAUCCCCGGCCACGCUGUGGACGGCAAGGCGGGCGAGCGGGGCCAGCCGGGCUCCCCGGGCGAGGCGGGCCGGCCGGGGCUGCCGGGACCCGCGGGCCUGCCCGGCUUCUGCGAGCCCGCCGCCUGCCUGGCAGCCUCGGCCUACGCGGCCGCUCGCCUCACGGAGCCGGGCAGCGUCAAGGGCCCCUCGUUCUGAGCGAUUCCCGGUGAAAAUCCCUUCCCAAAGUGACCACGACACUGCAGUCCCACAGGGAGAAGUUUCCGUGCUUUCCCGCUUCUGGUGUGAGGGUGGAGGCGGGGGAAAACACAGCUUUAAAUUGUUAAUUUUGGGACCUGAUUUUCUUUUACACAGUUCUGGCAGCAUAAAAAAAUCUUAGAGUGGGUAUAAAUUUUAUUUAAAUACACUUUAGGGUUGCUCCGUUCUGAGCAAUUUCCUAAGGAAAAUCCCUUCCCAAAGUGACCACGACACUGCAGUCCCACAGGGAGAAGUUUCCGUGCUUUCCCGCUUCUGGUGUGAGGGUGGAGGCGGGGGAAAACACAGCUUUAAAUUGUUAAUUUUGGGACCUGAUUUUCUUUUACACAGUUCUGGCAGCAUAAAAAAAUCUUAGAGUGGGUAUAAAUUUUAUUUAAAUACACUUUAGGGUUGCUCCGUUCUGAGCAAUUUCCUAAGGAAAAUCCCUUCCCAAAGUGACCACAACACUGCAGUCCCACAAGGAGAAGCUGCCGCACUUUCCCGGUUCUGGUGUGAGGGUGGACAGCAGGGAAAACACAGCUUUAAAUUGUUAAUUUUGGGACUUGAUUUUUUUUACUCAGUUCUGGCAGCAUAAAUUCUAUUUAACUAUACUUUAGGGCUCCUCUGUGCUGCCCCUCAUUCUGAGUAAUUCCCUCAUGAAAAUCCCUUCCAAAAAUGACCAGAACACUGUGAGAAGCGGCCUCACAUUCCCGGUUCUGGCAUGAGGGUGGACAGCAGGGAAAACACAGCCCUAAAAUUAUAAUUUCGUGACUUGAUUUUUUUUUUUACUCAGUUCUGGCAGUAUAAAUUUUAUUUAAAUACACUUUAGGGUUUCUCUGUCCUGCCCCCUGUUCUGUGCAAUUCCCUCAUGAAAAUCCCUUCCCAAAGUGAACACAACACUGCAUGAAGCUUCUGCAUUUUCCCGUUUCUGGGGUGAGGGUGGACAUAGGGAAAACACAGCCCUAAAAUGUUAAUUUUGGGAAUAACCCCAAAUUUGGGACAUAAUUUUCUUUUACAGAGGUCUGGCAGCAUAAAAAAAUCUUAGAGUGGGCAUACAUUUUAUUUCAAGGGGAGAAGCUUCUGCACUUUCCUGGUUUUGGGGUGAGGGAAAACGCAGCCCUAAAAUGUUAAUUUUGGGACUUGAUUUUUUUUUUACACAGUUCUGGCAGCAUAAAUUUUAUUUAAAUACACUUUAGGGUUCCUCUGUGCUGCCAGAAUCUGUAAAGAGAUCUUUAUGUAAACCAGAAUCAGGGCCUCUAAUCCUGUUUCCGUCCAUGGGGUUUCAAAUCUGCUCCUGGCACCCUUUCCCAAAAAAACAAACAAAAAAAUUGGAACAAAUUUUAUAAUUCCCUGUGAUGUUUGAAGGAGCUGGUGGAAAUUCCAUUUUUAGCCUUCUCUUUUCUUUUUUAAAUUGGAAUUUUUAAAGUCCCUCCCAAAACCAAAAUCAUGGUUUGAUUAUUUAACAGAAUUCCCAGCUCCAACUUGGUCACUCCCAGAGCUGUAAAUCUUUGUAAAAUAGGGAUAUUUUAUAAUUGUGAUGAGGAAGACACUAACUUUUGGAAAAAUGGACAAUAAAACCAAACUGAA